GCGGAUUCCGCCUCCCAGCUCCUUGCAGCCCGCCGGCGUCCUCCCGGAGGGAUCUGGCGCGUCCCCAGAGUCCGCAGUAGCCGCUCCAUUCUGCAGUUGCUGGAUUACCUAACACUUCUUUACCAAGCCUCGGAGAAAUACUGUAGAGAAAAUGCCCGUUGACUAUAAAAGGAGACCAACUUUUUGGGAAGUUUUUAAGGCGAGAUGCAGCACGGCAGAUUUAGGACCAAUAAGCCUCAAUUGGUUUGAAGAACUUUCUUCAGAAGCCCCACCAUAUAAUUCUGAACCUCCAGAAGACUCUGAAUAUAAGCCCCACAAUUAUGAACCACAGCUGUUUAAAACACCACAGAGAAAUCCCUCUUACCAUCAGUUUGCUUCAACUCCAAUAAUCUUCAAAGAAAGAAGACAAACUCUGCCACUAGACCAGUCACCUUUCAAAGAAUUAGGGAAGGUUGUUGCAAAUAGUAAGCACAAAAGUCACGGCAAAAAGAAGGCCAAAACGGACCCUGUGGUGGAUGCUGCCAGUCCACCUCUGAGAUCUCGUCUUGGUGAAAGCCCUCUUAUGCUGCGAUGCACACAGGCAGUACCACAACGAGAAAAGCCAGUGGUAUCUGGAAGUUUAUUUUAUACACCAAAACUCGAGGAGGGUCAGACACCAAAACAUAUUUCUGAGAGUCUGGGAGUUGAAGUGGAUCCUGAUAUGUCUUGGACAAGUUCAUUAGCUACACCACCAACCCUGAGUUCCACUGUGCUUAUAGCCCGAGAUGAGGAAGCACUUAGAACUGCAUUUCCUGUUGACUCUCCUGCUACUUUGAAAAGCUGUUUUUCUAACCACAAUAACAGUCUGAAAAAGAAUGAUAGAUCUGUCUCCUCUGUAACUGACAGUGAAAACAAAAAUCAGCAAGAAGCUUUUAGUCAGGGAUUGGGGGAAAUGUUUGGGGAUUCAUCUGACAAAAGAAAUAGCUUCAAAGACUGCCUUAGAAAGCCAAUACCAAAUGUUCUAGAAGAUGGGGAGACAACUGUAGAUACUUCCGAAGACGAUAGUUUCUCAUUAUGUUUUCCUAAACGUAGAAUCAGAAAUCUACAGAAAAUGAGAAUGGGCAAGACCAGGAAGAAAAUUUUCAGUGAAACAAGAACUGAUGAAUUAUGUGAAGAAGCUAGAAGACAAGCUGAUGAUAAAAACUCAUUUACACUUGAAAUCGAACCAAGAGAUAGUGAUCCCUUAGAUCCAGGUGUAACAAACCAGAACCCCUUUUACAGCCAGAGUGAGGAAAUCUGCAAUGAAGCUGAACAAUGUUCAGACAGUAGAUGGUCUCAGCCAAGCCUAUCUGCUCUAAAUGAAACUCAGACAGGAAAAAUACCCUUACUUCAUAUUUCUUCUCAUAACCAAAAUAUUUCAGAAGAAGAUUUCAUAGAUAUGAAGAAAGAAGGUACUGGCUCUAUUACUUCAGAAAAUUCUUUUCCUCAUAUUUCUAGUCUCCCAGAACCAGAAAAGAUGUCCAGUGAGGAAACUCUGGUAGAUAAGGAACAUGAAGGACAGCAUCUUGAAUCAUACAAAGAUUCCGUUGCAGGGAAGCAAAUGGUGUCUGGAACAAGUCAAAUAGCCUGUCUGUCUCAGAAUAUCAAGAAGUCUAUAUUCAAGUUGAGAGAGCCACUUGAAGAGACUUUGGGUACUGUUUUCUCAGAUAGUAUGACCAGCUCAGCCUUUACAGAAGAACAUGAAGUCUCUGCAGGUAGAUUGGGAAUACAUACUGCAUGCUCACAGAGGGAAGAUUCUUUAUAUCCUAGUUCAGCUGACACUGGAAGCUGGCCAGCCGCUCUCACUGACACUUCUGCAACUGUGAAAAAUGCAGGUUUAAUAUCCACUCUAAAAAAUAAAAGAAGAAAGUUUAUUUACUCUGUAAGUGAUGAUGCAUCUCAUCAAGGAAAAAAACUACAGACACACAGACAGUCAGAGCUUACUAACCGUUCAGCCCAGUUUGAAGCAAGUGUUUUUGAAGUACCACUCACCUUUACAAAUGUGAAUUCAGGUAUGCCAGAUUCUUCUGUCAAAAAAAGCUGUUUACUGAAUGAUUCUGAAGAGCCAUCUUUGUCCUUGACCAACUCUUUUGGGACUGCUGCAAGUAAAGAAAUUAGUUAUAUUCAUGCAUUGACAUCUCAGGAUCUUAAUGACAAAGAAGCAAUAGUCAGUGAAGAAAAUCCACAGCCAUAUCCAGCCCUAGAAGCUGACUUUCUGUCAUGCUUGCCAGAAAGACCUUGUGAAAAUGAUCAAAAAAGUCCAAAAGUUUCUGACAGGAAAGAAGUCUUAGUCUCAGCAUGUCUUCCUGCAGGAAGGCAUGCAGCAGCAGUGCAACUUAGCAGCAUUAGCUUUGAAUCACAGGAAAACCCUCUCGGUGGCCUCAACAGAACAAGUACUCUUAAAUUAACUCCCAGCUCAAAGCCACCUCUGUCAAAGGCAGUUGUGGUUUCUAGAGGGAAAAUGUGUAGAAUGCCAGAGAAAAUGCAAUGUGAGAGUUGUAAAGAUAAUAUUGAAUUAAGCAAUGAAAUGUGUGUCUUAAGGGAAAAUUCUAAAACCUCUGAGCUUCUGCCACCUGGAGGAUAUAUAAUAGAAGUGUCCUCUUCAGUGAAGUCACAGUUCAAUCAAAAUGCAAAAAUAGCAGUCAUACAAAAGGACCAGAAAGACUCAUCUUUUAUUUCAGAAGUAACAGUCAAUAUGAAUUCUGAAGAACUUUUCCCAGACAACGAGAAUAAUUUUGCUUUUCAAGUAACCAAUGAAAGCAAUAAGCCUGAUUUAGGAAGUGCUGUGGAACUCCAGGAAGAAGACCUCAGCCAUGCAAAAAGGCUCAAGAACUCUCCCAUGGCAGUAGAUGGAGCCUUAGAUGAUGAGCAUGCAGCCCAAGUGUUGAUUACAAAGGACUCGGAUUCAUUGGCUGUGGUCCAUGAUUGUAUAGAGAAGAGCAGAAAUAUUAUAGAGCAGCAUCAGAAAGGAACCACAGACAAAGAUUUCAAGUUGAAUUCCUCCUUGGAUAUGAAAUCGGAUGGGAACAAUGAUUAUUCAGACAAAUGGUCAGGGUUUUUUGAUCCAGUCCUGAACCAUAAUUUUGGAGGUAGCUUCAGAACAGCUUCCAAUAAAGAAAUAAAACUUUCAGAGCAUAAUGUCAAGAAAAGCAAAAUGUUCUUCAAAGAUAUUGAAGAACAGUAUCCUACUAGUUUAGCUUGUAUUGACAUUGUUAAUACCCUUCCAUUAGCAAAACAGAAGAGACUAAGUGAACCUCAUACAUUUGAUUUGAAAUCAGUUACUACUGUAUCUAUACCGUCUCAUAGUCAAUCAUCUGUUUCUCAUGAAGAUACUCACACAACACCUCAGAUGUUAUGUUCAAAGCAAGAUUUUCAUUCAAAUCAUAAUUUAACGCCCAGCCAAAAAGCAGAAAUUACAGAACUUUCUACUAUUUUGGAAGAAUCAGGAAGUCAGUUUGAAUUCACACAGUUUGGAAAGCCAAGCCACAUAGCACAGAAUAAUACAUCUGAAGUGCCUGGAAACCAGAUGGUUGUAAGUACUGCUUCUGAGGAGUGGAAAGAUGUUGAUCUUCAUCUCCCAGUGGACCCCUCCUCUGUAGAUCAGACAGAUCACAGCAAGCAAUUUGAAGGUUUGGCUGGAGUUAAACAAAGCUUUCCUCACCUGUUCGGAGACACUUAUAACAGAAAUACAUCUUGUUUUUUACCAAAUAUAAAUGAAAAGGAGUUUGGAGGAUUUUGUUCUGCUCUUGGCACAAAACUUAGUGUGUCUAAUGAGGCUCUGAGAAAAGCUAUGAAACUGUUCAGUGACAUUGAAAAUAUUAGUGAGGAGCCUUCUGCAAAAGUAGGACCAAGAGGAUUCUCUUCAAGUUCACAUCAUGAUUCAGUGUUUAAGAUAAAGAAACAAAACACUGAUAAAAGUUUUAAUGAGAAAUCUAGUAAGUGCCAAGUAACAUUACAAAAUAAUAUUGAAAUGACUACCUGUGUUUUUGUUGACAAAAGUCCUGAAAAUUAUGUAAUGAAUACAAAACAUGAAGAUAACAACUAUACUGGCUCUCAAAGAAAUGAUGGUAGUAAAUCAAGUACAAGUGACACAGUUUAUAUUCAUAAAGGUGACAGUGAUUUACCUUGUGCUGCUGAUCAAGGCAAUAAAUAUCCUGAGUCAAGUACCCAGUAUGUGAGGGAGGAAAACACACAAAUUAAGGAAAGUGUAUCAGAUUUAACAUGUUUGGAAGUCAUGAAAACUGAGGAAACAUGUCAUAUGAAAUCUUCAGGUAAAGAACAAUUACCUUCAGAUAAGAUGGAACAAAACAUAAAAGAGUUUAAUAUAUCCUUUCAGACUGCAAGCGGGAAAAAUAUCAGAGUCUCUAAAGAGUCAUUAAAUAAAAGUGUGGAUAUUUUUAAUCAAGAAACAGAGGAAAUGACCGUCAUUUCAGAUUCUUUGAAUUCUAAAAUUCUUUGUGGCAUAAAUAAGGACAAAAUGCGUAUUUCAUGUCACAAGAAUGCUAUCAGUAUUAAAAAGGUCUUUGAAGAACAUUUUCCAAUUGGAACUGUCAGUCAAUUACCAGCUCUUCAGCAGUAUCCUGAAUAUGAAAUAGAAAAUAUCAAAGAACCUACUCUGUUGAGUUUUUAUACAGCUAGUGGGAAAAAAGUCAAAAUCAUGCAGGAAUCUUUGGACAAAGUGAAAAACCUUUUUGAUGAGACACAAUAUGUUAGUUUUAAUCAUCAAGAAACAAAAUCCCUAAAGAACAGAGAGGACUAUAAAGAAGGACUUACAUUAGCAUAUGAGAAAAUUGAAGUAUCUGCCUCAAAAUGUGAAGAAAUACAGAACUUUGUCUCUAAGGAGACUGAAAUGCUACCCCAGCAAAAUGAUCAUAUGUAUAGGCAAACUGAAAAUGUCACAACAUCAAAUGGUACCUCUUCCAAAGUACAUGAAAACAUAGAAAAUAAAAUAGAAACUGAAGAUUUUGCUUUGGCAUGUUAUAUGGGGGACGGUAGAAAAACUUGUGUCAGAGAGUCUUCUCUAUCCAAAGGCAGAAAAUGGCUUAGAGAACAGGGUGAUAAGCUUGGAACAAGAAAUACUAUCAAAAUCGAAUGUGUAAAGGAACACACUGAAGAUUUUGCAAGAAAUGCCUCAUAUGAACGUAGUUUAGUCAUUAUCAGAACUGAAAUUGAUACAAAUCAUGUCUCUGAAAACCAAGCUUCAACUCUCUUUAGUGACCCUAGUGUGUGUCACAGCUAUCUAUCCCAUUCUAGUUUUUGUCAUCAUGAUGAUAUACAUGAUUCAGGAUGUUUCUUUAAAAAUACAAUUGCUUCUGAUGUUCAGCCAGACAUGAAGAAUGCUGAAGGCAAUGCCAUUUCUCACAAAGUAUCUGCUACAAAAGAAAGAAAUCUACAUUCACAAACUGUAAAUGAAGAUUGUGUUCAGAAACUAGAGACUAAUGCUUCACCACAUGCAAAUAAGAAUGUAGUCAUUGACUCAGCUAUGCUGGAUUCAAGGAAUUGUAAGGUAGGCUCACCCGUAUUCAUUACUGCUCAUUCACAAGAAACUGUAAGAACAAAAGAGAUAUUCACAGAUAACUGCAAUAAAAUAAUCGAGCAAAACAGAGAGAGUAAACCAGACACUUGCCAUACAAGCUGUCACAAAGCAUUGUAUGAUUCAGAGGAUUUUAUAUGUCCUAGCUCUUCAGGUGAUAUUGCCAUAAACUCACAUAAGGCUAUUUUUUAUCCUCAGAAUGAACAAAUUUUACAGAAUAGCCAAAGUGUGUCUGGACUGAAGAAAGCUGCAACACCACCUGUUAGUUUGGGAACUUGGGAUACAUGUAAAUCUAGAAGAGAACCUCCCGAGGCAGUCCAUCCUUCACGCACUUACGGGAUUUUUAGCACAGCAAGUGGAAAAGCUGUACAAGUAUCAGAUGCUUCAUUAGAAAAGGCAAGGCAAGUGUUUUCUGAGAUGGAUGGUGAUACUACACAGUUGUCUUCCAUGACCUCACUGGAAAGUAAUGAAAAAUCACAUCAAUCUGUGAAAAGAGAAAACUCGGUGGUGCAUAACACCCAGGGUGUAUUGUCACCCCCAAAAACCCUCCCAGGCAAUGUCAGUUCAUCUGUAUUCUCUGGAUUUAGCACUGCAGGUGGAAAACUGGUCACAGUGUCAGAAAGUGCCUUACAGAAAGUUAAAGGAAUGUUAGAGGAAUUUGAUUUGAUCAGAACUGAACAUACUUUCCAACAUUCACCUGCACCUGAAGACAUAUCAAAAAUACUUCCUCAACCUUGUGUUGAAAACAGAACCCCAGAAUACCCUGUAAACUCUAAAUUGCAGAAAACCUACAAUGAUAAAUCCAGCUUACCAAGUAACUAUAAAGAAAGUGGUUCUUCUGGCAAUACUCAAUCUAUUGAAGUUUCUCCUCAGCUCUCUCAGAUGGGAAGAAAGCAAGACACACAGUUGGUAUUAGGAACAAAAGAGUCCCAUAGUAAAGCUAAUCUUUUGGAAAAAGAAACCUUACCCCAAAACAUAAAAGUAGAAACUGAUGAAAUGAAAACAUUUUCUGAUGUUCCCGUGAAAACAAAUAUAGGAGAAUGUUACUCCAAAGAGCCAGAGAACUAUUUUGAAACAGAAGCAGUGGAGAUUGCCAAAGCUUUUAUGGAAGAUGAUGAGCUAACAGAUUCUGAACAGAUUCAUGCCAAAUGCUCACUGUUUACAUGCCCCCAAAACGAGGUUUUGUUAAAUUCGAGAACUAGGAAAAGAGGAGGAGUGGCUGUUGACACAGUUGGACAACCCCCAAUCAAAAGAAGCUUAGUAAAUGAAUUUGACAGGAUAAUAGAAAGUAAAGGAAAAUCCUUAACGCCUUCAAAAAGCACUCCAGAUGGCACAAUAAAAGACAGAAGAUUGUUCACACACCACAUGUCUCUAGAGCCGAUUACUUGUGAACCCUUCUGCUCAAGUAAAGAAAGACAAGGAAUCCAGAGCCCACAUUUUACCUCGCCUACUCAAGGGCUUCAGUCUAAAGGGCAUCCUUCCAGACACUCAGCUUUGGAAAAGUUUCCAGUUUCAGUCUUACCGGCUACAAGAACUGAAAGGACCAGACAUUCAGGCAAAUCCACCAAAGUCUUUGUCCCGCCUUUCAAGAUGAAAUCACAGUUUCACGGAGAUGAACAUUUUAAUAGCAGGAACAUUAUUUUGGAGGGAAAGAACCAAAAGAGCACAGAUGGAGACAGUGAAGACGGGAACGACAGCGACAUUCGUCAGUUUAACAAAGAUUUAAUGGCAAGCCUUCAGAAUGCCAGAGACCUACAGGAUAUACGAAUUAAAAACAAAGAAAGGCAUCAUCUCUGUCCACAGCCCGGCAGUCUGUAUCUUACAAAAUCAUCCACGCUGCCCCGGAUCUCUCUGCAGGCUGCAGUAGGAGACAGCGUUCCUUCUGCGUGUUCUCCUAAGCAGCUCUAUAUGUAUGGCGUUUCUAAAGAGUGUAUAAACAUUAACAGCAAGAACGCUGAGUAUUUUCAGUUUGACAUUCAGGAUCAUUUUGGUAAAGAAGAUCUGUGUGCUGGCAAAGGCUUUCAGUUGGCAGAUGGUGGAUGGCUGAUCCCGUCCAAUGAUGGCAAGGCUGGAAAAGAAGAAUUUUACAGGGCUCUGUGUGACACUCCAGGUGUGGACCCAAAGCUUAUUUCUAGCAUCUGGGUCGCUAACCACUACAGGUGGAUUGUAUGGAAACUGGCAGCUAUGGAAUUUGCUUUUCCGAAGGAAUUUGCUAAUAGAUGCCUAAACCCAGAAAGAGUGCUGCUUCAACUAAAAUACAGAUACGAUGUGGAAAUUGACAACAGCAGCAGAUCAGCUCUAAAGAAGAUACUGGAAAGGGACGAUACAGCUGCAAAAACACUUGUCCUCUGUGUUUCUGACAUCAUCUCACCAAGCACAAAUGUGUCUGAAACUUCAGGUGAUAAAACUAGUGGUGAGGAUACCAACAAAGUAGACACAAUCGAACUCACGGAUGGAUGGUAUGCUGUCAGGGCCCAGCUAGACCCUCCACUCCUAGCUCUUGUAAAGAGUGGAAGGCUGACUGUGGGUCAGAAGAUCAUUACACAGGGAGCAGAGCUGGUGGGCUCUCCUGAUGCCUGUGCACCUCUGGAAGCCCCAGACUCCCUUAGGCUAAAGAUUUCUGCAAACAGCACUCGGCCUGCUCGCUGGCACAGCAAGCUGGGGUUUUUUCAUGACCCCAGGCCCUUUCCUCUGCCCUUGUCCUCGCUGUUCAGUGACGGAGGAAAUGUUGGCUGUGUGGACAUCGUUGUUCAGAGAGUGUACCCUUUACAGUGGGUGGAGAAGACGGUGUCUGGAUUGUACAUAUUUCGUAGUGAGAGAGAAGAGGAGAAGGAAGCAUUGAGAUUUGCAGAGGCCCAGCAGAAGAAACUAGAGGCCUUGUUCACCAAAGUCCACACAGAGUUUAAAGAUCAUGAAGAAGACACAAGGCAGCGGUGUGUGCUGUCCCGUGCUCUCACACGGCAGCAGGUCCAUGCUCUGCAGGACGGUGCAGAGCUCUAUGCAGCAGUGCGGGAUGCAUCAGACCCAGAUCACCUUGAGGCUUGUUUCAGUGAAGAGCAGGUAAGAGCCUUGAACAACUACAGACAAAUGCUGAAUGAUAAGAAACAAGCACGGAUCCAGUCAGAAUUCCAGAAGGCCCUGGAGUCUGCUGAGCAAGAAGAGGGUUUAUCAAGGGAUGUUACAACUGUGUGGAAACUACGGGUUACAAGCUACAAGAAAAACAAAAAAUCAGCUCUGUUGAGUAUCUGGCGUCCAUCAUCAGACUUAUCCUCCCUGUUAACAGAAGGAAAGAGAUAUAGAAUCUAUCAUCUUGCAGUGUCAAAAUCGAAGCGUAAAUUUGAACGACCCAGCAUCCAGUUAACAGCCACAAAAAGAACUCAGUAUCAACAGCUCCCGGCUUCCAGUGAGACUUUACUCCAGUCUUACCAGCCCAGGGAGCCCCUUCACUUCAGCAGACUGUCAGAUCCAGCCUUUCAGCCUCUUUGUUCUGAAGUGGAUGUUGUAGGAGUUGUUGUUUCCCUUGUAAAACCAAUAGGUCUUGCUCCUUUGGUCUACCUGUCAGAUGAGUGCCUUAAUUUAUUAGUGGUGAAAUUUGGGAUAGACCUUAAUGAGGACAUAAAGCCAGGUGUGCUAAUUGCUGCAAGCAACCUCCAGUGCCAGCCAGAAUCCACGUCAGGAGUGCCGACUUUAUUUGCUGGGAAUUUUUCCAUAUUUUCUGCCCAUCCAAAGGAGGUCUACUUUCAAGAGCGAGUCAACAAAAUGAAGCACGCUAUUGAGAAUAUUGAUACAUUUUACAAGGAAGCAGAAAAGAAGCUUAUACACGUGCUUAAGGGGGACAGUCCCAAGUGGUCCACCCCGAACAAAGACCCCACCGGUGAGCCCCACACAGCCUCCAGUUGCUCUGCUUCAGAUCUCCUUGAUGCAGGAGGUCAGUUACUGAGGAUUUCACCUACUGGUCAGCAAAAUUAUCAAAGUCCUUUUCCACAUUGCACACCAAAAGGGAAGUCUACGCCCCUGGCUCACUCAGCCCAGAUGGCAGCAAAGUCUUGUAGUGGGGAGAAUGAGAUCGAUGACCCAAAAACUUGUCGGAAAAGAAGAGCCUUGGAUUUCCUAAGUCGGCUGCCCUUACCUCCCCCGGUCAGUCCUAUCUGUACCUUUGUCUCUCCAGCUGCACAGAAGGCUUUUCAGCCACCACGGAGCUGUGGCACCAAGUAUGCAACACCUAUAAAAAAAGAACCCUGUUCCCCCCGGAGGAGGACGCCAUUUCAGAAGGUCAGUGGCGUUUCUCUUCUGGACUGUGAUUCAGUGGCUGAUGAAGAACUUGCCUUGCUUAGUACCCAAGCCCUUGUGCCUGACUCAGUGGAAGGAAAUGAGCAAGUGUUUGCUAGUGACUCCACAAGGACUGCUAUGCUCCAAGGACAGAAGAACCCCCAGCCAGCACAGAGGCCAGACCAGCAUGUAGGGCCCAGAUCCAGGAAGGAGUCUCUCGGGGACUGUAGAGACGACAGCGGUGGGAAAUUAGCUGCUGAGUCUUAGCCUCCCGUUCCAGACUACUCAUGAGUGUUCGAGUAACUGCACACUUACUGAAGCGUUUGUUUACUAUUCAGAUGCUCUACCUGGUUCUGUAUGGGUAUAAUUAAAGCUGGUUAUACACUACUUUAAAAGUCUUUAGGAUUAGACUUGAUCACUACAAGUAUUUUACAUACAAAAUAAACAUAGCUUUGCUUUUA